AUGACAAGUUGGGGCGUCAAUGCGAGUGUGACUUUCCAGCAUGUGGAGAGGAAAGAAUUGAGCACUCGCCUCGUUUGUCGCCGCGCCGAAAGCUUCGUUGAGCGACAGAAUCUUGGAGGUGCCCACCACGUCCCAGGUGUUCACCUCAGCAUCAACUUUGAGCGCUAUGUUUACCUUCAAUUCUCUCAUGGCUUCUCUCUUUGGAGGCAAGAUCGCCUGAGUCAGCCAGAAAUUGCAAUUAUGCGACUUGUCAAUCAUGUUACCGAUCGAGAGGGCUGGCAGCACCUCGUCCGCGACUUUUCCUCCUGUCGAGCGUGGAAAGAGGAAGCCUUUGAGAAUAUUUUUCCCAGAGACAAUUCGAUUUGGGAAUGGUGCUUAUUCGAGCUUCAAAAGAAAGCUACCGAAUUUAUCGGCGGCUUGUCACGCUCCGUGUUUGUCUUGGACUCUGCUUCAAGAAUUUGCAAGUCUGAUCGCUUCGUGGGCAGCCACUUUGCUACAAAACUCAAACGGCAUGCACAGUCUCUCCAUCUUUCACCUUGGAUGUUUCCAUUCACUUUUGAAAUCUCUCCCAUUCGAACAGAUGGUCACUUUAUUACCCGGGACAACUUUCUAGACUCCAUUACCGUAGGAGGCAUUCGUCGUUUGUCCUUUUGGGAUCCUGACGCCAUGCACAACGGCCACCCAUCAUACUAUUCAGGCAAAUCACAGUGGCUGGCGACGGACGUCAGGUUCUCGUCCAAUAGUGGCGCUAUAAGUAUCAUUUCGCCUGUGAAUAAUCUGCAUCCGGUCAGGCACAAGCCUAUAUACACGGCAGUAGAAUAUUUAGUGUCCGACUUAAUCGACGACUGGAAUCAGACGUUGCUCUACAAAACCUUGGCACGGGGUGUCUCGCGGAUUCAGCCAAAUCCUUUCAAGUGCGAAGCUUGCUCUGACGGCAAUUUCCACUUGUGCUCAUGCUCUGUCGAAUUUCGAGAGUCGUCGGCCUGGGCAAACGACCGACAGAAUAACGUGGAGCCAAAUGCCUGGUUCGAACGCGGAUGGAAUCCUGUCAUGGCCCUGGAUGGAAAAUACGCCAGCUCGAGAAGAAUUUACGACAAUGUGUCUCUACGCGACGGCUUCAGAGAUCGUGGGUUGCAGAUCUAUCUGGAAAUAAUGACUAUCAACCUGGACAAAGGCGGCAGCGUUUCUCCGGAGAGCGCACGAUACCUAUGUUGGGAUCUCAACGGCAAUCGCAACGAACGAAUUGUCGCAACCACCGUCAUGUGUUUGCAUCGAGAGAACCUUCAUCCUGUCUCGGGCGGUAUCAUAUUCCGCACAGAAACAAAGCGCAACACCUGGGAAGACAGAGGGAAGAGCUGUCAGAGUCGGGGCUCCGAGAGGCCUCCCGCUCCCGGCCCUGGGGUUCGCCCAGGCCCGACAAACACUUUCGAGCCUGCAAGUCGAAAAACGCCGUCUUUUCAGGAGCUCGGUACGAUCAAGCUGCCCGAGGGCCGGAUGGUGACUUAUCCCAAUACACUCCAGCACAAGUUCGAAGUGCCCAUUCUGGAAGAGCCGUCGCGAUCCGGCUAUAUUCAACUUCUACAGCUUCAUCUAGUGGAUCCUCAUUAUAUUGUUUGUUCGACACGCUUCGUGCCGCCCCAAAACCUCGAGUGGUGGAAGGAAGCAAUUGACUAUCAGAGAAUCUGCCGCAUGUCACGAAUUCCCCCGGAAGUUUCCAACAUGGUUAUUGAAUGUCUACUUGUACCUGAAAAGUGGUUGAACAGGCGCAAACGAGUUCGUGGUCUCCAGCACUACUGGCGAUCCACGUCCAUGUGGCUGGACAGCAGCCAGCCGCGACAACCCCCUAUCAGUGAAAAGAUGUACGACCAGGCAGGCGCUCUCACAGUGUGGAUUCGAACCGUGCUCCGUGGUGCAACGCCUGUUGAUGAUCGUGACCCGCGCGACCUGUUUGCUAUCCUUUCUUCAGAAACGGAGGAUGAAGAUGCAGACGUCAUCGGAAAGGAUGCCGCGAAUGAUAUUCCAGAUGUAGAGGAGCGCUACAUGCGGGACUUUGACAUUCCCCUGAGUGUUACUGUUUCGUCAGCUAGCGCAGGAAGCACCGAUGGGGGAGAACUACCCGCUCGAUCCAGAGGCAGUGGUAAUAGUAGUGGCCUUGUCAAUGGCGACGAUGAGGACGGAGAUGGAGGUAGUGACGAGGCUCCGAGCAGUGACGAGGCUCCGAGCAGUGACGAGGCUCCGAGCAGUGACGAGGCUCCAAGCAGUGAAGGAGCAGUCAAUGCUACGGAGGUGCAAGAUGGAGACGUCGGAGAGGAUGAGGACGAUAACAACAAUUAUGUCGACGCGGUACCUGGCUUCACUCUGGCAGAGCUUGCGGAAAUUCAGGCCCAAGAGCAGUCUACGCCACCAGAGGAGCUAGAGUUGUACGAAGAUGCGACGUCGCAGGCUGACGAGACGGAACCAGACAUUAUGGAGCAGUAG